AUGAACGCCAUCGGGAAGGAGCAUGACAUGGUGUGUGAGAAGGCGGUGGCCCUCGUAACUGACCUCUGCAUGCAGGAGAGCCCCCUGUUAGAACACAAGACCUGUGAGGAGUUUCUCUUCCUGAUUACAAACCAGGACUUCAGCCUCAAUCAACCUGAGAGAGAGAGAGAGAGAGAGAGAGGAAGUGUGAAAAGUGUGAACAGAGGAAAGGAAAGCGCCGACAUCACUGUUGGCAUCCCUGUUGGUGUGCUGGUUGCUUGCAGUUUGGCAUUGCUGCUGCUGCUGGCGUUAGCUUCCUGGAAACUGUGCUGGAUACCUUGGCGCAAUAAGGCAGUGACGUCCUCUAGUUCCGUCGCCCUAACCACAGACAGCUACCCGUCUCUACAGCCGCUGUCGCGUGUGCCCAGUCCCCAGCAGCCCCUGGUUGGCAUGGCUAUGGAGAAAGUGAAGGAGUCGCUGACACCCAUGGGCUUUCUAGAGGCAGCUGUGAAGAUCAGCCACACAUCACCUGACAUUCCAGCAGAAGUGCAGCUCUCCAUGAAGGAGCACUUCCUGCGGCGCACACAGCGCAUGCAGAGACAGACCACGGAACCAGCCUCAUCCACCAGACACAGCUCCUUCAAACGUCACCUGCCUCGUCAGAUGCAGGUGGGAAGCCUGGAUCUGGGGGACAGUUAUGUUGACAUGGACGAGCAAUCCACAAGCAUCGGCCGCAUCAAUCCAGAGCUUUACAAACAGAGUAUGCCUGAGAGUGAAGAGUCAGCCAAGAAGGGUAGUGCCAAGACAUGUGGUAAGAUCAACUUCUCACUGCGUUAUGACUAUGAAAAUGAGACACUCAUGGUCCACGUCCUCAAAGCCUUUGACCUGCCAGCUAAAGACCUCUGCGGCAGUUCAGACCCCUAUGUCAAGGUCUACCUGCUGCCUGACCGUAAGAAGUUCCAGACACGUGUCCACCGCAAGACCCUCAACCCUACGUUUGAUGAAAUCUUUCAGUUCCCAGUGCCCUACGAUGAGCUGCAUGGCAGGAAGCUCCACCUCAGUGUGUUCGACUUUGACCGCUUCUCUCGGCAUGACAUGAUCGGUGAAGUCGAAGUGGAAAACCUGUUUGAGGUGUCCGAUCUCUCCAGGGAGACUUCCAUCUGGAAAGAUAUCCAGUACUCCACCACUGAGAGCGUGGACCUUGGGGAGAUCAUGUUCUCACUAUGCUACCUGCCUACAGCUGGCAGACUUACACUUACUGUUAUUAAAUGCAGGAAUCUUAAGGCCAUGGACAUCACAGGCUAUUCAGACCCCUACGUCAAAGUGUCUCUUAUUUGUGAUGGGAAGCGUUUGAAAAAGAAGAAGACCACCAUCAAAAAGAAUACACUUAACCCCACCUACAAUGAAGCCAUCAUUUUCGACAUCCCUCCAGAGAACAUGGACCAAGUCUGCCUGCACAUCUCCGUCAUGGACUACGACCUAGUGGGUCAUAAUGAGAUCAUCGGCGUGAACCGUGUCGGGUGUGAAGCCGAGGGCCUCGGCAGAGACCACUGGAAUGAGAUGCUGGCAUACCCGCGCAAACCCAUUGCACACUGGCACCCCUUGCUGGAGCCCAAGAAAUCAGAAAAAGAGUGGAAAACCAGAACAGCUAGUUUUGACAGUCAAGGCUCGUGCCCUUCCCCCAAAGCACCCGCCAGCCCUUGAAUGGAACCACAUGUGACCCAGAAGGCCUGGCUCCCUUUCCUGCUGUUUGUCUGUGUGCCCAAAGAAACAAAAGCAACAAAAAUGAAACGAGAACAUACAAAUCCCUGCCAUUUCCAGGUCUCCUCGGUUUCUCCAGGGCUUUUAAGCACCAAUUCUUGCGGUAUUUACCUGAUAUCCCUGGAGUCCGAACUAUGUUUUGCAGUCAGUUCUUGGAGACCUUGUGCACAAAUCUUUCAUGAAUUGCGACACCUUUUUGGUACAGCAGAAGUAUUAUUUUCCUAUCUUCAAAGGUGUAUGAAAUCUGACCGUGGCAUUAUCAGAAGAAUUACUUGAGAGUUUGAGGUUGUCCUUGCAAGAUGAUCGCAUUUCUCUGCACUCAUUGCUUAAAAAAAAGGAUGAGCUAAUCUACAAGAGCCGAGUGCCUGAGCUGUUGUGAAAGGAUGAUUCAAGCCAAAACGGAACAAGGACUCGAUCUAAGGCAGUGAGAGCUGAUAACAGUAGAGGAGGAAAAAUGGAUCGUCAGCUGUUAUACAUGAAUAAACCUCUCCAGAUUCUUUUGGGAAGGAAAAGCAGAUUUAACACUGAUGUUCUUCGGACUUUUACAAUAGCCGUCCUGAGCUUUAUUAAUGUCGUAAAAAAAAUGGUCAUUUAUGUCAUUAAAAAAAAAAAAAAGGCAAUUGCCAAUUUCAGCAGAGCACAAUGAUCUCAAGUGCUUUCCUUAUUGUCCUCCACAAAGAGAUUAUUGAAGAUUGGCUUGGUGUUCUUGGUGGAUGAUAGAAUAGACAAAUAUACAUAUAUCUCUAGUAAAUUAACACAUUUAGUUGAAAAGUGUUAGUCAGUACGUUAGUACUCAUUUUCUUAGUAGUCUCCAUUUAACUUAGUAACUCCAUUUAAACUUUCUGCUAAAGAUGUACUGUAUUUUUGCAGUUGAUGCUCAUGUCCAACUGUUUUUGCUGUCAGUUGUUCAACAUUUGUGUUCAUCAGUUUGUUCGAAAUGCAGUGAUGGAAGUGGAUUUUAUACAUAGAUAUUAAGAUCACACAUGAAACCUUUCCUAAG